AUGUGCCUCGAUAAAUUUCUGAAAUCAAUGAGCCUAACAAGAUCCAGAGCAGAUCCUUGUGUUUACUUCAAUAAAGAAAAGGAGUUAAUCAUAGGUGUGUAUGUGGAUGAUCUUCUUGUAAUGUCCAGCAAAGAUUUCAUCAUUCAGGAAUUUAAGGACAAUAUUGCAGCCACAUUUAAAAUCAAGGACUUGGGAGAAAUACAUCAUCACCUUCUUUCAAUUAGCAUAAGCAGAAAGGAAGAUGGCUGUGUGACUCUUGACCAAAGUGUCUAUGCUAGUGAGCUCUUGGAAACAACUAAUAUGCAAGAUGCUAAAGGAGCAUCAACACCAUUAGAUCUAGGUAUGAAAUAUACAACAGCCACUAAGGAUAACAUGUUGAAUGCUGAAGGAGCAUUAAAAUAUAGGCAGGCUGUUGGAGGGCUCUUGUACUUGUACCUAGCAGGAGGAACAAGGCCAGAUUUAGCUUUUUGCUACUACUUACAUGAGCCAAUUCAAUAA